UAAAUGGACAUCAAAAUUGAACUUCAAUUUCAUUCCAAACUAGUCUAUCCAACCAACUAAAGAGGGCAGGAAAAAAAAAACUAAAGAAGGAAAUGGGUUCGAAAGCAAUUGUUUUCCUGGGCCUUUUUCUGGCCGUUGUUCUUCUCUUCGCCUCGGAGGUGACAGCCAGGGAUUUGGCUGAGACGACUACCACUUCUACUACCCCUAGUACUACUACCCCUACUGAUCAACAAACUAAUGGGGCUGAUGAUGCCAAGUAUUAUCAUGGCGGUGGUUAUCACCGAGGUGGUGGAUAUUACGGAGGUGGCGGUUAUCACCGAGGUGGUGGAUAUUACGGAGGUGGCGGUUAUUAUGGAGGCGGUCGUGGCGGCGGAUACGGAGGUGGAUACGGAGGCGGCGGUUACGAAGCUGAUCAACAGACUAAUGGGGUUGAUGAUGCCAAGUAUUAUCAUGGCGGCGAAUAUUAUCACCGAGGCCCUUACCACAGGGGCCCGUAUUACAAAGGUGGCGGCAGUUACAGAGGUGGCCAAGGUGGAUAUGGGGGCGGCGGUUAUGAAGAAGAAAGGAAUUAACGUCGUUGGUGCUAUUUGAGCUAUCUGUGCGCCGAAUAGUUAAAAUAUGUAUGAAUAAAGAAGGAUAUCCUAUCAGGCCCUUCAGAUUAAUAGUGAUGUAGUUCCUCAGUUAUGGCAUGAUUUGUAUUUUCCAGUGUUUGUAUUUUCAAAUAGUGUUAAAUCACUUUUGUAUCAGUGAGAUGUUAGAAUGUUUUCAGAACAA